GAGGACAGUGGACAAGGGGCGUGCCGCUUACCGAGCGUUUUGACGCAGCCGGGGCAGAUGUUGUAGACGGAGCGGUUCUCGAUCUCGACUUCCCCCGCGGAGCAGGGGGCGGGGGAGAUGGCGCACUUGCCCGAGGGCCUCCACGCGUCCCAUUCCGCCGCCGCCGCCGCCGCCAGGCACAGCACCACCGCACUCAGCGCCGCGCGCCGCUCGGGGCCCCUCAUCGCAACGCACUGGCCGGCGCCCGCGCCCGCGCCGUGAGAUAGCGAGCAGAUGGGCACUGAUAAUCGACGCGAUAAGUCAUUCGAAGGAGGUGCAACCUCGAGUCUGUUGGGGCAACAGCUGCCACUGCCACCAACACAGAAAACAUCUCCUGUUCAACAGACCAUUCAACAUUUCCAUUUAAGUCCUCUUUCACCAGAGCACUCACCAGUAGAGACUGCCUCACCUAUAGAGAGAGCACUGCACUCACCCCAACCGGGAAAAACAUCUGAUGAAAGAAGGCCCGACAACGCUGCACAUCAAGUCACGUCUGUGCUAUAGUUAGUGAUGCGAAGAUAACGAAUGUUUUUAAUUUCGAAGAUUGAGUAUCUUUUAAAUGCAGAGAUUGGCGUAUAUUCCAGCAAUAGUCUGAUAAUGUGUCCAAUUACCAAAAAUAUUAAGUUAUUAUGAUUAUAUCUUAUGCAUUACGUUCUUAAGGUCAGGUGAAUAGCAGGAUUUCAAUUUUGAUACGUAUAAAAGGUUUCAAUUAUAUUUUUCGAAACUAGUUUUCCUCUGUGAUGUUUUGUCCCAGAAAUUGUAAACUCUUUAUUUCAUUAGUCUUGAUGAGUCAGUACUGAACAACGUGAAACAUAUUUUUAGGGUUUUUGAUUUUUUUUCUCACUGUCUACUGCUUAGGCAGUACAGAGAUAGUAUUGUAAUACUGUGGAA